AUGGCCACCGAACUGUCGAUUGCGGGGGUGGUCGAUGCCCAGCUCUACCCGAGCAUCCUCAACAGACUCGCCAACCACGCCCACUCCUUCGCAGCAUUCCACUCGGCCGAGAUCGGAUUCCAGCGAGCCGAGCCAAGCGAAGACACCAACAUCCUCAGACUCAAACACACCACCCGCCACCCACAGAUCAUCAACAACCACGCCCCCGCCAACUACAAGAACCCGCUCAGGAAUGGCUGCUCACUCACCGCCCAGGGAAGAAUCGAACCCGAGCGGCUCUCCCCCGAGUUCUCCAUCAGGCCCAUCCACUUCUGUCCGAUCAUCGCCGGCGACCCGCUCGAGUUCCUCAGCGCACUAGGAUACCGACGCGGCGUCCAGUUCGUCCGCGGAGGCGUGGUCAUCGAGAUCUUCAGAGUCUACCAGAGCGAGAAGGACGAGACGGCGAUCGCAGGCGAACAGACCUAUCUCAUCACCGUCACCGCGAUCAUCCCCACCCUCGCCCGGAGUACUACCACCACCACCACACCUGCUGCAACCGGGCCAUCCGUCCAGGAGCUCCGGAGCGAAGCCUGUGCCCGGAUCAGGGAGAUCCAGGCGAUCCUCAAGGGCCUCGCCGAUCUGGGACGCGUCGAGCCUUUCUGA